UUUACAACAUAGUUUAACCUUAGAGCAACUAUUAAAAUAUUUGAUAAAACAAAAAUGGCCUAACAGUUUUCUUUGGGAAUUGAAGUGUAACGUAGAUGCAAAAAUUCAUGGACGUAUAUCCCUUUGGCUAUUUGAUAACGAAAUUCUGGACAUUUUUACUAUAAGAUAUUCAUAGUUUAAAAAAGCAAGCAGUAUAUAAGCGAAAAGACAAAAUGGAUUCCACUAUAUUGGUAUUAGCGAUGAUAACAAUGAUAUUAAUUCAAUCGUCAACGUCAACCCCUAUUAUAAAGAAGACGUUUGAUUCGAUCUGUGAAAGUGUGUGGGAUCCAUUAUGUGGAUCUGACGGAAGAACAUACCAUAAUAGAUGUUACCUUGCUUUAAAUCCUUACGUCAGCUAUGUGCACCGAGGUAAAUGUCGGUGUACUCAUCUGUACCAACCUGUAUGUGGUGUUAAUGGGAUCACGUAUAGAAACGACUGUGUUCGAGAUUUAAAUGGAGUAAACAUAGCCUAUGUAGGCACGUGUAUAACAAGCUGUCCCACGGAGUACGUACCUGUCUGUGGGGUCGAUGGACAAACAUACUACAACAAGUGUUAUUUAAAAGCUGCGGGCGUCGCAUGUGCUUAUGAUGGAAAGUGUGUUCAGCAAUGUCCAAGUGAAUACGACAUUGUCUGUGGUACUGAUGGCCUUCUCUACGUUAAUGACUGCCAUAGGAAAAUGAAUGGGGUUGGUUUAGCGGACAUGUCACUAUGUAAAGAGAAAUGUUCAUUAGAGCUGGUCCCUGUAUGUGGAGUGGAUGGACGAACUUAUGACAACGACUGUAUCAGACAAGCAGCUGGAGUACAGUUAGCAUCAGUAGGGGAAUGUCCAGUUAUCUGUACAGAAGAGUAUAACCCAGUUUGUGGUGUAGAUGGCAUCACAUAUGGCAAUGAAUGUAAAAGACAGAAAGCUGGAGUACAGUUAGCAUCAGAAGGGGAGUGUCCAAUUAUCUGUACAGAGGAGUAUAACCCAGUUUGUGGUGUAGAUGGCAUCACAUAUGGCAAUGAAUGUAAAAGACAGAAAGCUGGAGUACAGUUAGCAUCAGCAGGGGACUGUCCAGUUAUCUGUACAGAUGAGUAUAACCCAGUUUGUGGUGUAGAUGGCAUCACAUAUGGCAAUGAAUGUAAAAGACAGAAAGCUGGAGUACAGUUAGCAUCUGUAGGAGAAUGUCCAGUUGUUUGUACAGAGGAGUAUAUCCCAGUUUGUGGCGUAGAUGGUCUCACAUAUGGCAACGAUUGUAAAAGACAAAAGGCUGGAGUUGAACUAGCAUCACCUGGAGAAUGUAAGAAGUCGUGUACAAACGAUUAUAAUCCUGUAUGUGGUAGUGAUGGAUUAACAUAUAUGAAUCAAUGUUGGCUGAUAGAAGCUGGGGUAGAUGUAAUAUCACAAGGCGAAUGUCCAAAAUGUCCUAGCACUAUGAAUCCAGUCUGCGGUGCUGAUGGAAAAACAUAUGAUAAUGACUGCUGGCUGAAAGAAGCUGGUAUAUCCUUUCAUCACCAAGGGGAAUGUUGCAAAGGUUACAAACCAGUAUGUGGUGUUAAUAACAGAACCUUCAACAAUGAAUGUGAGCUAAAUCUCCAAGGUAUAGCGAAACAGUAUGAUGGAGUAUGUUUGGCUAAAUGAUAGCGAUUAUCUGAAAAGAAUUUCAUGAAAUAGUAUAUCAUAGUGUGACCUUUGGAAGAAGAAGAGCCAUCUUUGCAGCAGUGAACUAAGGAGUAUAUUAUGUCAGUUAGAAAUCCAGAUCCAUCAUUGUAUUUGUAUUGAACGCAUUCUA